AUGCCAAUCAAGUCUCUAGAAUCUUACCUGUUUGAAAGGGCGCUUGUGGGGUCUGCGCCGAUCGAGUCACUGAACGGGAUCACGCUGGGGAUUGACGUAGACCACUAUGUGUCGCGACUGCUAACCAACAAACGAGAGCAGUAUCUAGAUGCAAUCGGCGGCUUUCCGACUAGCCUGAAGAUGUACAUCGAGUCGGACCUACAGGUUUUCCAGGAGAACAACGUGGUACCAGUGUUUGUGUUUUCCGGGUCGCCAGUUGCAAACCAGCUUCACCACCAGUCGCACCUGAGCGUGGACGCGAGCGCGGGGGUGGGGCAGGCGCCGGCGGGGCAGCGGACGGUUUACGAGGCGAUCAUCGCGCAGCGGAACAAGCUGUGGGCGCACUGGAGCAACCAGCUCAAUAACACGAAGUCAACUUACAUUGACCAGCCACUAUCGCCCGGGGAGUCGUUUCGGCACAACGUGCCGUUAAACUUUCGGCGUUUCCAGGCGGACCUGAUCCAGUACUUCAUCUCAAAGGGGAUCAACUACAUGGUAGCGCCGUACAGCUCGUGGAUUCAGCUAGCGUAUCUGCUUGAGGAUGGCUACGUGGAUGGUAUUUACGGCCCCACGGAUCUGCUGCUUGUGGAGUCUGUCCCAAAAUUCAUUCUCGGCAUGGAGUUUCCCAAUCGCGAGUUCCGGUUUGUUGACCGCGGCCGUAUUUUGACUGAAUUCAAGCUAAGCUUUGAGGACUUUCUGGAUAUUAACAUGGCUGUAGGCAACGAUUUACAGCCGUUCACGUUGCCACCACUGCAGGUCUAUCCUCAGCAGCAGGUGUUUGAGAUUGCCCUAGACAUGUCCGUCAACGGAGGCACGAACUUCUACACCUAUUUAUUGACUAAUCCGAUGCAACUGGACUCCACGAAGCUAUUGAGCUACUACCAGAAGGGGGUAGCUGCUUUGAAGUACAUGCCUGUUCUAAAAACCAACGGCCGGGUCGAGUUAUAUGGCUACGACGAAACAGAGUUACACAACAAGGAGCAGGAUGAGAAUGUUGAAGUGCCAAACGAUAUCCACGAUUUUAUUCAGCAACGGCUCCCACAUGAGUACAAUUUUUACAGGUCUAUCGGUUUAAUCAGCAGUAAGUUAUUGGAUAUUGUCUCAACGGGUGUAUAUUUCGAGUAUCCUCCACUUGAUGGUGGCUCGUCUGAUUCCUACCGUAACUUGGUGAAGAAAUCUGUAGAACAGUUUAAAAAUAAGGAGAUUAAUUUGUUGACACAACCAAUCAACAGGUAUUAUCAGAUCAAACCUAUCAAGCACGUGAAGUGGUUCAGUCCGGGCGAUGACAUUACUCUGGUGAAUCGCGUAACCCCAUCCAUUUACGAUCGUGUGAAGCACAUAUAUGUUAGGACGGAUGAUAAGACAAGGGCUUUCAGCAUGCUAGAAUUCAUUAACGUGUUGAAAGACUCAAAAGAUAUGGCCAAAGACUUUACAGUAUCUUCCAAGAAGCCUGGCCCCAUCAUUGGCGAGUUAACAGCGCCAUUCGAUCUUUUGGCUACUAAUUUUCUAAGACUCCUUUCUCUACUCGGUUUCUUUAAGUACGAAUCGACUCUCAAGCCCACAAAGUACGGCGAAGCACUAAUGAAGUUUAAUGAGCUUAACCUUGAGCUUGAAUUCUACGAGCCGUUUUUGGUACUUUUAAUGUUUUUCAAGUUGGGUGUUCUGAAAUUGGGGGAAGAAACACAACCGCCAACACAAUCUGCGCUAUCGCAAGUUACCUUGCGGUCAUACCCAAAGGAGUCCCAAUGCAUUCUAUGUCUUACCCGAGUCUUGACGUUGUUCAAGUUGAGACAAAAGCCCGCAAACUAUUACGGGCCCAUUGACAAGAAAACGUUAACCUUCCGAGAACAUCUCGAUUAUGUGAAGCAGAACAUAUCAGAGCUCUUUGAGGCAGUCCUCGUGAGCUCUCUUGCGGCCGGUGAAUUCAACAGGAUUCAAUUGGACAACGCAGAAUGGCAGCAGAAAAUUGUCGGCAAUGCGCCAUUCAAGGUAUCGACCCCCAACACGGUUAUGGCUAUGAUGUGGGAGUUUUAUCUGCAGAAGUGGCUCCAUAAUGGUCAGGACAAACAAGACGCAUUGGCCUUAGUUUCCAACUCUUUCUCUGCUUAUAAACACGUUCCUAAUCUUGAAGAAGAAAUGAAAAGAGCUUUAAAAUAUUUGGAAAACGUCAAGUCGCUGCUUGGUGUCAUGCAUGCAUUGGACCUUAUUCAAGAGUCAGAAUACGAACUAUUCAACGAUGCCGCAGCUUUCGCAAAUAAGGCGAUGGAAUGA